UCUUCAGUUGGGACAGUCACAGUCAGAGAAAAUGUCGCUGCCGAGGGUCUUGUGUUUUCAUCUCAUACUGAUGCUGUCUGCAUUCACUGGAGCAGCUAAUGGAUACUACUGGUCUGGGUGGCGUGAAUGUAUCCACAGCUCCCGUGAUUUCAGUGACAUGGUGUACAUUAUAAACUAUAUCUUCAAUAAAGAUGUGUUCAUACAGUUCAACAGCACUGUGGGGGAGUUUGUGGGGUACACUGAACUUGGAGUAUAUAACGCAGACUUAUGGAACAAAGAUCCCAACCAGCUGCAGCAAGCGAGAGCUGAGGUGGACAGAGUCUGCAAACAUAAUGCUGAAAUCCGUCAGACAGCGAUCACUGAUAAAACAGUGGCACCAAAGGUUAAGCUCAGUUCAGUGACGCAGGCUGGAGGCAGACAUCCAGCUGUGUUGAUGUGCAGUGCUUACCGCUUCUACCCACACGGGAUCAAAGUGUCCUGGAUGAGAGACGGUGCAGUUGUGAAGACUGAUGUGACCUCAACUGAGGAGAUGCCUAAUGGAGACUGGUACUACCAGAUUCACUCCCACCUAGAGUACACCCCCAAAUCUGGAGAGAAGAUCUCCUGCGCGGUGGAUCACGCCGGCUUAACUAAACCCAUCAUCAUAGACUGGGAUCCGUCUCUCCCGGAGUCUGAGAGGAAUAAAAUCGCCAUCGGGGCGUCUGGUCUGGUGCUGGGAAUCAUCAUCGCAGCUGCUGGACUCAUUUAUUAUAAGAAAAAAUCAUCAGGGAGGAUCCUGGUACCAACUUAAUGAUGAUCAGACUGACUGGAAGAGGAUUCAACUUGACUCAUCGAUAGAGAACUCACUUUCUGAACUUCACACUGAUGUUUCAUUUUUAACAAUGAAAACUGUUUUGGAAAAUGAAAACAGUAACAAAUCUAAUACAUUUGUUUGAUAUUUGUAAUUUCUUAUUGAAUGUUGAUGAUGACAUGAUGUGUAAAAUAUAGAGAUUUUAUAGAGAGAAGUAGAGAUUAUCAUUCCUGCUGGCUUCUUUUCCAGCACUUUUUCUGAAUUAACAUGCAUAUAGCUUCAUAACGUUAGGACACACUCUAGGUCUUUGUUAUUAAUAUUAAUAAGUAUCAGUCAGGCUCUGGGUCUGAAAAAGGGCACUCUGAAGUCUUUUUCUGAUCACUAUUUUACUCUUAUUUACCAUUAAAAUAUAUUAGAAUUAAACUGGUGCAGUCUUAUGUAAAAUAUAUUUGAUGG